AUGUGUUCUGCUGGCGCGCCCUGGCGAGCCGAGACGAGACGAGACGAGACGAGCGUCUACGUCUUCCGCGUGGCUGCAGCGCAGCACUGGGGGUCGCGGAUCCGUGCCGAGGCGGCUGGGGGGACGACAGUGGACAGGCUGUGGACAGGCAGGGAACAGGCAGAACAGUUGAAGUGGACAGUGGGCCUGGAGCAGUGGGGUUGCCCCACAUACUCGGCACCGCUGUUGUCGUCGUCGUCGUCGUCGUCGCCGUCGUCGUCGUCGCCGUCGCCGUCGCCUCAAGCCCAUGCCCCCGUCAUGUGA